AAAUCAGUCCAACACCUCCCUGCCAUGCCAAGCGAAGCCGAAACCUCGCGCAAAAACAAAUCAAUGGGGAGCAGUAAGAGCAACAAGGAAAAAAAGUCUUCCUCCUCGAGGACACGCAGAAGCAGACCGCCCGAACGCUCGGAAUCCGAGUCCGAGUCCGAGUCCUACGACUCCUCUCCGGACCCGCGAGGCUCCGGAAAGCGCAGGGACAGAAUCGGCGGCAGAAUACGUCGGAGCUCUUCGCGUAAUCGGGACUCCGAAGACGAAGGUGAUUCCUACGGCAGCGACGAUGAACGUGGGCAAAGCAAGAGGAAGAAGAGAUCCUCCAGAAAUAUCACGGAAGAAAAAAUCACGGAGUACUUGUCUAAGAAGGCGAAGAAGAAGGCAAUGCGAGCUGCGAAGAAGUUGAAGGCUCAGACGGUCUCUGGUUAUUCGAAUGAUUCGAAUCCCUUCGGUGAUUCCAACCUCAACGAGAAAUUUGUGUGGAGUAAGAAGAUUGAGCGUGAUGUUUCCCAAGGUGUACCGCUAGAUAUGUUUUCAGUCAAAGCUGAGAAAAAGAGACAGAGAGAAAGGAUGGCAGAGAUUGAAAAGGUGAAAAAGCGAAGGGAGGAAAGGGCUAUUGAAAAAGCUCAACAUGAGGAAGAAAUGGCAAUGUUAGCCAGAGAACGUGCCCGGGCUGAAUUCCAGGACUGGGAGAAGAAAGAAGAAGAGUUUCAUUUUGAUCAAAGCAAAGUAAGGUCAGAGAUUAGAUUGCGUGAGGGGCGGACCAAGCCUAUUGAUAUUCUCUACAAGCAACUCAAUGGCUCUGAUGAUUUUGAUAUAGAAAUAAAUGAACCAUACAUGGUUUUCAAGGGCCUGACAGUAAAAGAAAUGGAAGAGCUUCGUGAUGACAUCAAAAUGCAUCUGGACUUGGACAGGGCGACACCAACACAUGUAGGGUACUGGGAGGCACUUUUGGUGGUCUGUGACUGGGAACUAGCUGAAGCUCAGAAAAAGGACGCGCUGGAUCGUGCUAGGGUUCGUGGGGAAGAACCUCCUGUUGAGUUGCUUGCUGAAGAGAGGGGUUUGCAUUCCAGUAUUGAAGCAGAUGUCAAGAGUCUCUUGGAAGGAAAGGCUUAUGUAGAACUAGAGGCAUUACAGUCCCAGAUUGAGUCACAGAUGCGUUCUGGGACGGCUAAGGUAGUUGAGUACUGGGAGGCUGUUCUUAAACGCCUUCAUAUAUACAAGGCUAAGGCUUGUUUGAAGGAAAUUCAUGCUAAAAUGUUGCGCAAGCAUCUGCAACACCUUGAGCAACCUUUGGAGGAUGAAAAUAAAUCAGAGUCUGAUCCUGAUUUAGGACUGAAAGAGGACAACAGUGAGCAUGAUGUUGAUGAUGCUCAAGCAUUCUCUCCAGAACCCAUGAAGGAAGAGACUUAUGAGGAUGAACAAGAGGCUGGUUCAUUUUCCCCAGAACUGUUGCAUGGUGAUGAAAAUGAAGAUGCAAUUGACCCUGAAGAGGACAGGGCUACGCUUGAACUGAAACGUAUGGCUGUUGUAAAAGAACAACAAAGACGAAUUCAAGAAGCUUUGGCAUCAAAGCCAGCCCCACCUGAAGAUAAUUUUGAGCUGAAGGCCAUGAAAGCUAUGGGAGCUACUGAGGAAGGGGAUGCAGUUUUUGGAUCUGGCGCUGAGGUGAACCUGGAUUCUCAGGUGUAUUGGUGGCAUGACAAGUACCGACCAAGGAAGCCAAAAUAUUUCAAUCGUGUCCACACCGGAUAUGAGUGGAAUAAGUACAAUCAGACUCACUAUGAUCACGACAACCCACCUCCCAAGAUUGUGCAAGGCUAUAAAUUUAAUAUCUUCUAUCCAGACCUUGUUGACAAGACAAAGGCUCCAGUUUACACUCUUGAGAAGGAUGGGAGCAAUGGUGAGACAUGUAUUAUAAGGUUCCAUGCAGGGCCACCUUAUGAGGACAUCGCUUUUCGGAUUGUAGACAAGGAAUGGGAAUAUUCUCAUAAGAAGGGCUUUAAAUGCACAUUUGAACGUGGGAUUUUGCAUGUAUAUUUCAACUUUAAACGCUACCGCUAUCGUAGGUGACGUGUGGCUAGUUUUGCUACUU